AUGAUUCUAUGUUGUAAAUGUGGGAUUCCCAUUGAGCCAAGGCUAAUGAAUAUGUGUGAUAGAUGCCUAGUUGCUGAGGUUGGUAUAUCCUCUAAAGUGAAGCGAAGCGUUGCGGUUGAACGGUGCAGAGGAUGUGAACGAUAUCUCCAGCCACCAAACAACUGGGUGGAGUUUUCAUGGGGUUCAAGGGAGUUUCUUUUGUUUCUGGUCAAAAAGAACAAGACAUUGAGUAAGCUUUGCAUUGUUGAUUCAAACUUUGUGUAUACGGAGCCUAAUUCUAAAAAGAUAGUUGUUGGCCUCGUUAUUAAAGAUUCUGAUGUUGAGCAAUCUCUUGAGAUCAGAUAUAGUAUAAAGAAUCAGCAAUGUGCAGAUUGCGCAAAGGUUGAAGCCAAGCAGUACUGGAACAGCCUUGUGCAGGUAAGACACAGACAAGAACAUCGAAGGAUGUUUAUAUAUCUGGAGCAUCUUAUUCUAAAGAACGAUGCAUAUGAAGACACAACGAAUAUCAAACAACGCAAGGGAGGAAUUGAUUUUUACUAUACAGAUAGGCAUGGGGCGAUUAAGAUGGUUAAUUUUUUGCAGAGUGUGCUUCCGAUCAAGGUGAAGGUGUCUGAAAGGCUGAUAAGCAAAGAUGUGCACACAAGCAAGUGCAAUUAUAAGUUCAGCUACUCUGUAGAGAUUGUUCCGCUGUGCAAGGACGAUCUGGUUGUUAUUAGCAAAGAUGUUGCAAAGUGCCUUGGAGUAGGUGAGCUUGUAGUGGUACAUAAGAUAGCUACAAAUAUUAUUUUAUUUGAUGUGAAGCAGAUGAAGAGUGUUAAGAUGACUGGGAUGUUUUAUUGGGCCAACCAUGAUGCAUUCAAAGUGCUAAUGAGUUCUAAAGACUUUAAGAAGUAUACAGUUGUAAUGAAGAACAAACGGAGAAAUUUAAUGGAAGAGUGUUAUGAUAUGACGGUUACUGAAAAUGGAAGUGAUUUUGUUGAAGCUAGAUUUCAUGUGGGAGAUUCUCAGGAAGACGAUGUGUUGUUAGGAUACGAUUUGCAGCAUUCUAAUCUUGCAUUUGAGUAUGAGAAAGACUCUGAUGUGGUUCUUAUUAGGAAGGAGCCGAAGAAUAAUGUAAAAUGGAAGAUAGAUGUGAAUGAAAGCAACAUAGGAGAGUAUAGACUGUUUGUGGAUGAUAUUCAGAAUGAUAAGGAGAUGCUUGAGAGGAUAUGCGAUAUAGAAACAAAGGAUUUGGUUGUUGAAGAGCUUGAAAGGUUUGGGAUGCAUUGA